AUGGCAGGAGCCUCUAAUCAAUCUUCGGCCACUUCCGAAAGUAUUUCCAACAAAGUUUGUGAAGACGAGAACAAUGUCAACAACGAUGAGGUGACAAUGAAGGGUAAGGAAGUUUUAAUAUCUGAACAACAUCAACCUUUGAAAAGCAAUACCGACUUGCUUCUUGAAUUCGUCAAGCUCUCUAAUGAUGAUUCGAUUCCUAGGUCGAAUGUGCGGGAACAUGAUUUUUUUACCCCCUCGAAGGACUUGGGGGAGAGUUCAUCUUCAUUACCUUGGGCUAAUAAUAAGCCCAAGCCCAACAAUGAAGAGAACACAAAAGAAAAAUCUUCUGAUUCGAGAAGUGAUUUCUCUUGCAACUUUUGCAAGAGACAGUUUUCUUCUUCGCAAGCUUUAGGAGGGCACCAAAAUGCUCAUAAGCGUGAACGCGCAUUUGCAAAGCAUCACCAAGAGAUUCAAAAUGGUUUUGGUACCCCUCACUAUCCUUUUCCUUACUACACAAGUUAUCCAAGUCUUUCUUCAUCUAAUUAUGGAAUUGGAUCUUAUAAUAAAGCACUUGGAAUUAGGACAGACUCCAUGAUUCAAAAGCCAAAUUAUUCGUGGACGCCACCUCCUUAUAGGUUCGGUUCAACUCCUAAGUGGACACCAAUGCAAGAGAUGAUGAGAAACUUUUCUUCACUUGAUAGAUUGAAGAUUGAGAGUCUUAAUGCAAAUAAUGAAAAAAGUACACCUAAUAAUAUGAUGAAAUUAGAUGUUGGAGAGUCUUCUAGAAAUGUUGAUACGAAGUCAAAUUCAGACGUCGACAAGUCAACUGUGGUUGCCGAUGGUAGUGAUCAUCGUGAUACGAAUAAGAAAGAAGCCUCCGAUUCUAUAUCUACUGGGCUUGAUUUGUCACUUAAGCUUUGA